CACCAUAGCAUAAAGGAACCAUCACGGUCUUCUUCUCCUUCUUCGACGAACAUUUCUCUCUCUAGAAAUUUUGGGUGUAAAAAUUCACUGUGCUAUUCUCUCUCUCCGGAAUACACAAUCUCUCUCACUCUAUAUAGCACAGAAUUGGCUGAAUAAUUACGCUUCAUCACUCUCUCUAUACUUUCUGGAUUGGUUAGGUUUGGUUCAGUUUUCUGGUUUGCUGUAUUGUGUUUACAGGGCCUGAAAUUCAGAGCAUUUCAUUCUAAUGCAUUGAAGCUCACCAUCGAAGAAAGUGGAAUAUUUACACAUUAGAUUUGUAGCAUCUGAAACAUUGUUUUGACUGGGAAAGGGUAAGCUAGAUGGACACUGCUAGGCGUUGGUUUGGUAAAUUACAUCUGAAAGAGAAACCUAAACCCUCAAGUAACAAGGAAUCCACUCCUAGUGGGAAAGAAGGGUCAAAAACACCUUCAAAUGAGGACAUACCUUCUUCUGCGACUAAGCAGAAGGCUGAGGCUGCUAAGCAGUACAUAGAAAAGCAUUACAAGGAGCAGAUGAGGAGCCUGCAGGAACGGAGGGAGCGGCGUAAUAUGCUUGAAAAAAAACUGGCUGAUUCUGAGGUCUCUGAGGAAGAGCAAAACAACAUAUUGAAGUACUUGGAGAGAAAGGAAACCGAAUAUAUGCGCCUUCAAAGGCAUAAAAUGGGCGCUGAUGAUUUCGAGCCAUUAACAGUAAUAGGAAAGGGUGCAUUUGGAGAGGUUAGAAUUUGUAGGGAGAAAUCAACUGGGAAAGUUUACGCCAUGAAAAAGCUUAAGAAGUCGGAAAUGCUUCGUAGGGGUCAGGUUGAACAUGUCAAAGCAGAAAGGAAUCUACUGGCUGAAGUUGACAGCAACUGCAUUGUCAAACUUUAUUGUUCUUUCCAAGAUGAAGAGUAUCUUUAUCUAAUAAUGGAAUACCUCCCUGGUGGAGAUAUGAUGACUUUGUUAAUGCGUAAAGACACAUUAACUGAAGAUGAGGCCAGGUUUUAUGUUGGAGAAACUGUCCUAGCUAUUGAAUCUAUUCACAAACAUAAUUAUAUUCAUAGAGAUAUCAAGCCUGAUAACUUGCUUUUGGAUAGAAAUGGACAUAUGAAAUUGUCAGAUUUUGGAUUAUGUAAACCGUUGGAUUGCAGCAAUAUUCAAGAAAAGGAUUUUUCAGUUGGAAAUAACUAUAGUGGGGCACUUCAAAGUGAUGGGCGCCCUGCAAAACCGAAGCGCACUCAGCAGGAGCAACUGCUGCAUUGGCAAAGGAACAGAAGGAUGCUUGCCUAUUCGACUGUUGGUACACCUGAUUAUAUUGCUCCAGAAGUUUUGCUGAAGAGAGGAUAUGGAAUGGAAUGCGAUUGGUGGUCUCUUGGGGCUAUCAUGUAUGAAAUGCUCGUGGGAUAUCCACCUUUCUAUUCCGAUGAACCUAUGUCUACGUGUAGAAAGAUAGUAAACUGGAGAACUCAUUUAAAAUUUCCAGAAGAGGCAAAGAUAUCACCAGAAGCAAAAGAUCUUAUCUGCAAGCUCUUAUGUAAUGUAGAGCAGAGGCUUGGAACAAGAGGCGCAGACGAAAUUAAGGCUCACCCGUGGUUCAAAGGCAUUGAAUGGAAUAAGUUGUAUCAAAUGAAAGCUGCAUUCAUUCCAGAAGUUAACGAUGAAUUGGAUACUCAAAACUUUGAAAAGUUUGAAGAGUCUGGCAAUCAAGUCCCCAUGGCAACGAAAUCGGGUCCCUGGAGGAAGAUGCUCCCUUCCAAGGAUGUGAACUUUAUGGGUUACACCUAUAAGAACUUUGAAAUCGUGAAUGAUCAUGAAGUUCCUGGAAUUGUCCAAUUGAAGAAGAAAAGCACCAAACCAAGGAGACCUACUGUGAAGUCCCUUUUCAAUGAUGAACUGAAUUCUACUGCCGGUCAAUCUGCUCAAGGAAGUUUUCUCAAUCUGCUACCCCCCACAUUGGAAGAUCCUAAACCGGGUGAAUCAUAAACUUCUCCAGUCUGAUGAUAGUAUUCAACAACUGUAGCAAAUCGUCCAGCUUCUGAAAUGAAUAGGUUUCGUUAGGCUGCUUUCAUCUCCAUGUACUUAACUUGCAAGGAUUCUUGCAAAAGUGGUUUUGCAAGUAUAUGUGGCUUGUUUGAGCCUGUGCAAAUCAUAGCCUCAGUGUAUAUAUUUCAUCGUUUUUCUGUCUUGAUAGUCGAUGUUUAAUUCUUUCUCCCCGUCACCUGUAGAUACUGUAAUUCAUUGCUCAUGUAAGUUUUGAGCAUAGAUUAACUGAAGCAAAAGCAGUUUUAAACAUCACAGAUAUUUGUGUUUGAGAAAGUUUUGACAGUCUGGUGUGUGACUGCCAAUUUCCUUCAUUUACCUGUUUAAUAAACUUAUUUGAAUUA